AGUCUGGCGUCUUCCAAUCGACUCAGUGUCCCCAAUGUCCCCGGAAAUCCCCGCACAGACGCCACCGGCCGAGUCCGCAGGGGCGUCAGGGGCACGCGCGCCAAGCCCACCACCCGCCGCGUCAGAGACUGGAGCGACAGCUGGCGUGCAGCCGUCUCCCCGCCGCCCCUCGCUGUGGGAGCGAUUGCGAGCCAGCGACAAGCAGUGGCCAUGGAAGGCCGCCGUUCGGCUGUUGCAAUGCGUGGCCGCGGCUGUAGGCAUCGCUUGCUCUGGAUAUGUUCUCGCCAACCUGGCCAACUUUGACCGGCUGACGGUGCCGCGGAGGAAUGGUGAAAACGAGCUGUUUGUCGCGUUUUUUGCCCUUUCUUUCAUCUGGGGCGCCGCCGACCUGCUCGUCCGCUUUUUACGCCGCUACUCCAGGCCGCUGCACCCGCUGCUGGUCCUCAUCGUCGACUUUUGCUUCUGCUGCGUCAUCCUGUACCUGGCCGCCAUCGUCGUCUCCUCGGUCCUGACGGUCCGCGAGUUUGCUAACGACCCGAACGGGCUACGAUUCUGGCGCACCGGCUCGGCCGAGGGACCUUACAAGCAAGACAGCAGCGGCGUUUGGGUGUAUACCGGCGGCAGCCGCAGAUGCACCCCGGCUUUUGCCGACUGCGCGGCCCAGGAUGCUGCCGUUAACGCCGCGUGGGGUCAGCAGCCUCUGCGAUUUGCACUAGCCAUCGUUAUCGCCGUUAUGGUGCUGGUCGCCGGCCUCUGCCACUUUGUGCUUGGGGUGUGGGCGGCCGUCGACUUUUAUGCUCGCCGCAAGCGGAAGACUCGCGCGCUGAUGAGCGGGUACCAGCCAGUGUACGUGCCGGCGCAGAUGCCGGUGCAAAUGCAGCCGAUGCAGCCGGUGCAGGGGCCUUACGACAAGCAGAUUCCGGGGCACCAAGCACCCAUGCCGCAGUACGGGUACGGGGAGUACGGACAGCCGGCGCAGCAGGUGCAGCAGGCGCAGCAGAGGCAGCACUGGCAGCACGGGCAGGCAGCGAUGGGGUCAAGAUAUGCGUAGAUUAACGGUAUCGUCCAUGCCACUCUGAUAGUCCCAACGCCAUCCACGCCAACCGUAUCAACUCUGCCAGCCUGCCAGCCUGCCCGCCUGUUAGCCUGUCCUGAACUUCCAUACAAUUCCCGGCUUGUUCGCUCGUCUUACACUACAUCCCGCACAUGCCCUUGCUUUCAAGCUCGCCCGAGUCGUUUCGGCAGUAGAGGGAGCCGCCGGCGCAGAAGCACGGGCUGUGUGACGUAUUUUCUUGCUUGGAGAAGACGAAUCGUAAGAACCAUGACGAAAGGGGGUCGGUUGGUUCGCGGACCGGCGUGUUGGACGCUAUUAGGCGAGAGGUUUGUAAGGUUGGAAGGGCUGCGGCAGUGGCGAGCGUGGCGAGUAGGAUGAGCCUCAUUUUGGCAGUAUAGCAGGUGGAUUUACGAGUAGGCAUCACGCAGAUUUGCAAAUGAUAACAUGGCUGAGCGACAGCAGCCCAUUUAUACGAACCUGUGGUACAUAUCGGCAUUUAACGACAACGCGGGGAAGCGAGCAGAUCUACCAGAUGAAGCAGUUUAUAAACGUGGUUAGUGGUUCUAAGCC